AUGGCUACAGUCGCUGAAGAAAAGACGCUGAGCUUGUCCUGGGCCUGGUGGGUGGCGGCGGCGAGGGUGGCGACCAGAACCCUCUUCCUGGGCGCAGUGGCGGCGGUCGUGUUUCGGCUAAUGGAUUACUUCCUUGUGAAUGCUUUGACAUACAAUCAUGUGCAUGUGAACUUUACUCGAGAAGAGUGGGCUUUGCUGGAUUCUUCCCAGAGGAAUCUCUACAAAGAUGUGAUGCUGGAGACUUACAGGAACCUCACUGCUAUAGGCAACAAUUGGGAAGAUCAGAAUAUUGAAGACCAUUGUCAAAGUUCUAGAAGAUACGCAAGGUAA